CACUGUUGGCCCCCACGGAGAUAAAACAUGCUCUAGAGACCAGCACAGUUGGAUUCGAUUAAAUCGCGCCUGUUUUUUUUUUUUAUUAUCAAUUGCAGUUUAAUCAUCGCAAAAAAAGGGGACGAGAGAAGGACCAGUAGAGAGUUGCAGCUGCACGCGCCGUGCGCACAGAGACGCGCGGGAGGACCCGAAUCAGAGCGCAAAAAAAAGGGGAGAAAAAAGAUGAACGCCACGGACAUUCUCUGCCCAAACAACUUAACCGAGGCGUCAUGUGGGAACGCCAGCGUCCCGCCGUACAGCUACAUCGACAUCACCACUUUUAUGCACAUCUUCCCGUCUAUUUACGGCAUCCUGUGCUCGGUGGGAGUCCUGGCCAACGGACUGGUCAUUUACGCGGUGGUCGCCUGCAAGAAGAAGAUGGUGUCGGACAUCUACGUGUUGAACUUGGCCAUCGCGGACAUGCUCUUCCUGCUGGUGAUGCCCUUCAACAUCCACCAGUUGGUCAGAGACAGGCAGUGGGUCUUCGGGAACUUUAUGUGCAAGGCGGUGGUGGUGGUGGACGUCAGCAACCAGUUCACCACCGUGGGGAUUGUCACGGUGCUGUGCAUUGACCGGUACAUCGCUAUUGUCCACCCCACUUCAGAGCGGAGGACCAUCCAGUGGACUAUCAUCAUCAACAUGCUGGUGUGGAUCGGCAGCUUCCUCCUCACCGUACCAGUCAUGAUGUACGCCAAGGUGGUCCGCAGACAGCGUUUAGAAGUCUGCAUGAUGUAUCUGGACGGGCCAGAGGACAUGUACUGGUACACCCUCUACCAGUCCAUCCUGGGCUUUAUCAUCCCCCUGGUCAUUAUCAGCACCUUCUACUCUCUUACGCUCUACCACGUGUUCAGCUCCAUCCGCCGGGUCAAGCGCAGGCAGUCCGUGUGGGCCAAGAGGGCCACGAAGAUGGUCCUGAUGGUGAUCGCUCUCUUCCUCAUCUGCUGGUCUCCCUACCACGUCAUCCAGGUGAUCAACCUGAGCAACAACUCCCCGACCAUCGCCUUCGUCUACGUCUACAACAUCAGCAUCUGCCUCAGCUACUCCCACAGCUGCAUCAACCCGCUCAUGUUGCUCAUCUUCGCCCAGAAUUACCGCGAGCGCCUCUGUCGCAGAAACAGGCUGUAUGGUUCCCAGCAAUCGUCCAAGGUGACUGUGAUCAAAACAGAAGGUUCCAGUACGGAGCCGAAUAAUCGCUGUACGGCCAUCUAAGCAAAUGGACUAAUAUCGAUGUAUGUGAACCACGUAUAGGACAUCGAAAUUAAGUUAUUGGCAGGAUGACCAAAGACAAUGUGCCUCUGGAGGGAAUACUCGCACCGCUUUCCAACUGUACAGACAAUGGAAGAAGGGUUUUGAAAUUUAGUGGAUGCCGCCACUAAAGCGAAUGUUAAAUAUUGGAUCAUGUGAGGUUGUUUUCUUGAUCGUUUCCUGAUAUUAUAUUAUUGUUUAAAAGAUCUCAGAGGCUGAUUUCAUCCAAACAAAUGUUUUAUCUGUACAGACAGAAACGGGUCAACUUAAUAGACCAGGGGUCGGGAACCGUUUUGGCUGAGAAAGCCUUAUACGCCAAAUAUUUUAAAAAGUAUUUCCGUAAGAGCCAUAUAAUAUUUUUUAACACUGAAUACAACAAAAUGUCUGGAUUAUUAAGUAAGACCAACAUUUAUAGAGUAUAAUAUGUCACAAACUUGCAUGGCAGCAGUAGUAGCGACCCCAAGAUGCAGGAACCAGGAGAGCGAAAAGCAGGUAAGAUGAUUUUAAUAUCAUCAACAGAGGAGAAUGAAACAGUCUUGCAUGUACAGUUCCAAACUAUAGUCAAUCUUCUAGCCAUAAGGAGCGCGCAAGACAAGCACAAAUAGAAAUAUACUGAUUGGCAGCAGGUGUGGACCGGCUACCAAUCAACAGCAGGUGAGGGGAAAAAAACGCAGAAAAUGGAAACAAAAUACAAACCCCGUUUAAGUUGGGAAACUGUGUUAGAUGUAAAUAUAAACAGAAUACAAUGAUUUGCAAAUCAUUUUCAACCCAUAUUCAGUUGAAUAUGCUUCAAAGACAACAUAUUUGAUGUUCAAACUCAUAAAACUUUUUUUUUUUGCAAAUAAUCAUUGACUUUAGAAUUUGAUGCCAGCAACACGUGACAAAGAAGUUGGGAAAGGUGUCAAUAAAUACUGAUAAAGUUGAGGAAUGCUCGUCAAACUCUUAUAUGGAACAUCCCACAGGUGUGCAGGCUAAAUGAGAACAGUUGGGUGCCAUGAUUGGGUAUAAAAGCAGCUUCCAUGAAAUGCUAAGUAAUUCACAAACAAGGAUGGGGCGAGGGUCACCACUUUGUAAGCAAAUUGUCGAACAGUUUUCGAACAACAUUUCUCAACGAGCUAUUGCAAGGAAUUUAGGGAUUUUACCAUCUAUGGUCCAUAAAAUCAUCAAAAGGUUCAGAGAAUCUGGAGAAAUCACUGCACGUAAGCGAUGAUAUUACGGACCUUUGAUCCCUCAGGUGGUACUGCAUCAAAAACCGACAUCAGUGUGUAAAGGAUAUUUCCAAAUGGGCUCAGGAACACUUCAUUAAACCACUGUCAUUAGCUACAGUUGGUUGCUACAUCUGUAAGUGCAAGUUAAAACUCUACUUUGCAAAACCAAACCCAUUUAUCAACAAUAUCCUGAAACGCCGCCGGCUUGGCUGGGCCCGAGCUCACCUAAGAUGGACUGAUGCAAAAUGGAAAGGUGUUCUGUAAUCUGACGAGUCCACAUUUCAAAUUAUUGAAUUAUUUUGAAUUUAAUUAUAUUUAUGUAGCGCUUUUCUCUAGUGACUCAAAGCUCUUUACAUAGUGAAACCCAAUAUUUAAGUUACAUUUAAACCAGUGUGGGUGGCACUGAGAGCAGGUGGGCAAAGUGUCUUGCCCAAGGACACAACGGCAGUGACUAGGAUGGCGGAAGCGGAAAUCGAACCUGCAACCCUCAAGUUGCUGGCACGGCUGCUUUACCAACCGAGCUAAUUGGAAACAGAGGACGUGGUGUCUUCCAGAACAAAGAGGAAAAUAACCAUUCGGAUUGCUUUAAGCGCAAAGUUCAAAAGCCAGCAUCUGUGAUGGUAUGGGGGUGUAUUAGUACCCAAGGCAUGGGUAACUUACACAUCUGUGAAGGCACCAUUAAUUCUGAAAGGUCCAUACAGGUUUUGGACCUACGCAUGUUGUCAUUAAAGCAACGUUAUCAUGGACGCCCCUGCUUAUUUCAGCGAGACAAGUGUUACAACAGCGUGGUUUCGUAAAAAAAAGAGUGCGGGUACUUUCCUGGCCCGCCUGCAGUCCAGACCUGUCUCCCAUUGAAAAUGUGUGGCACAUUAUGAAACGUAAAAUACGACAGACUGUUGAACGAUUGAAGCUCUACAUAAAACAAGAAUGGGAAACAAUUCCACUUUCAAAGCUUCAUCAAUUAGUUUCCUCAGUUCCCAAACGUUUAUUGAGUGUUGUUAAAAGAAAAGGUGAUGUAACACAGUGGUGAACAUGCCCUUUCCCAACUACUUUGGCACGUGUUGCAGCCAUGAAAUUAUAAGUUAUUUAUUAUUUGCAAAAAAAAAAUACGUUAAUGGGUUUGAACAUCAAAUAUCUUGUCUUUGUAGAAAGCAUUCAACUGAAUAUGGGUUGAAAAGGAUUUGCAAAUCAUUGUAUUUGGUUUAUAUUUACAUCUAACACAAUUUCCCAACUCAUAUGGAAACGGUUUGUAAGAGCACUGAUGGGAAGUGAAUACAAAACAAAGAAGCACAAACAGAAAUCAAGUAACAGAUCUUCACAUAAUAUGUCUCUUAUUCUUUUUAAUAAAAAUGUUUAUUCGGAAGCUUACCGAUGAUAAAUAAAAUGCUUCUUACCAUUGAUGCCACUUCUUGAACAGGUGCGGUACAAAACAGAUGGAUGGAUUAAAAUGUAUGAGAAUUUUUUAUAUUUUGAACAUUAUUUUUUUACACUGUGAUUACCAGCGGAAUUAUUAAUUUCUUAUCAUGUUAAGCAAUGUCAGCCAAGAUUUAUCUGAGAGCCAGAUGCAGUCAUCAAAAGAGCCACAUCUGGCUCGAGAGCCAUGGGUUCCCUACCCCUGUAUUAGACGUUGGCAUGGAGCUUAAAACAAUGAAAAUGCUGUAAUGUUCAUGCCAGGCCAGUAGUUGGCGAUGGCACUUUUCUUUGAAAAAAAAAAAAAAAAAAAACAGCUGUUAUUGGCACAUGUUGAAUAUGAAUGAAGAGUUAAGGGUAGGUUGUGGUAGUCGGAGGCAGUCGCGGUGUAGAUAUACGCAUUAUUUAUGAAAAAGAAGUGGAGAAUUUCAGACAAAGACAAAAGUAAAAUGAUGUUUGCAUCAAUGUAUCGCCUUAAAAAAGUGGAAGAAGAACCGUGGUUGUGAAAUUAAAUUGUUGUGUAGACAA